AGGAACUCACAUACCUUGGCAAUCUGUCUGUCUACAGCUUCGUGACCAUCAGUCCCUGCCAUGUCUCUCUCCCCGUGCCGGGUCCAGAGGGGCUUCAGUGCUCACUCAGCCUGUUCUGCUCGCUCAGGGAGCCGGGGCAGGGGCAGCUUUAGUAGCAAGAGCCUUAGUUCUUUUCGAGGACGCCGAGGGGCCUCUCGUGGGAGGACCUGGGGGUCAGGAGAAAGGCUGAGGAUGUGGUUUGGGGAGAGGAGGGGUGGGCCUGGGCUUUCCUUGUGUCCUCCAGGGGGCAUCCAAGAAGUGACCAUCAACCAGGAUCUACUGACCCCACUGAAGAUUGAGAUUGACCCCCAGUUCCAGAUCGUACGGACGCAGGAGACCCAAGAGAUCAGAACCCUCAACAACCAGUUUGCUUCCUUCAUUGACAAGGUACGGUUCCUGGAACAGCAGAACAAGGUGCUGGAGACCAAGUGGCACUUGCUCCAGCAGCAGGGGAUGAGUGGCAGACCCCAGGGCCUGGAGCCUUUCUUUGAGGACUACCUGGACCGUCUCAGGAAGCACCUGGAGUUGCUCCAGAGAGAACGAGGGGCUCUGGAUGCUGAGCUGAAGACCUGCCAGCACCAGGAGGAGGAGUAUAAGGCCAAGUAUGAGCAAGAGGCCCACACACGUGCCACGGUUGAGAAUGACUUUGUGAUCCUCAAAAAGGAUGUGGACGAGGUCUUCCUGAGCAAGAUGGAGUUGGAAGGCAAGCUGGAGGCUCUGAGAGAGUACAUCUGCUUCUUGAGGCGUCUGUAUGAAGAAGAGCUGAGCCAGCUCCAGAUCCAGGUCAACAACACAUUUGUGGUACUGUCCAUGGACAACAACCGCUGCCUGGACUUUAGCAACAUCAUCGCUGAGGUCCGCGACCGCUACGAGGAGAUUGCUCGGACCAGCAAGGCCGAGGCUGAGGCGCUGUACCAGACCAAGUACCACAAGCUUCAGGAAUCUGUCCAGCUUCAUGGAGACAGCAUGAGGGAAACCAAAGCCCAAAUCUCCCAGCUGCACCAAGCGAUUCAGAAGCUGCAGAGUCAGAUUGAGAACCUCAAGAAGCAAAAUGCCAACCUGCAGUCAGCCAUCACUGAUGUGGAGCAGCGCGGGGAGCUGGCCCUCAAGGAUGCUCAGGCCAAGCUGGAGGAACUGGAGGCUGCUCUGAGAAGGGCCAAGCAGGACCUGGCCCGCCUUCUGCGGGACUACCAGGAGCUGAUGAGCACAAAGCUGGCCCUGGAUGUGGAGAUCGCCACCUACCGGAGGCUGCUGGAGUGCGAGGAGUGCAGGAUGUCUGGGGAGUGCACCAGCCAGGUCACCAUCCCUGCAGUAGGAGACAGCACUAUGGUGCCUGGAGAAGUUGGUGGAGACCUGGUGGGCAUUUGCGGACUUGGAGGCGGGAAAGGUAGUUUUGAGUCCAGUUGCUCCAGCGUCGUCACUGGCGGCUCCAAAGUCAUUCUGGGAUCUGGGCAGGGCCCUGAGUUGGUCUCCUGCUCUGUGUCUGGCUCUGGCACUGGCUCUGGCUCCAGCUGCCGCACCAUCCUGAAGAAGACGGUCGAAUCAACUUUGAAGACAUCCAUCACAUACUGA